AUCUACCGACCAGUGCGCGAUCAGUUGUAACAAGGAGCGCGCGCGCCGAUGCGCAAGAGUUGACGAAAUACGAUCGAUCUCAAAUAUUUAUUGUUUUUUGCUAUAUUUUUUAUUUGUGACCAGUGAUUGUGUUUUGUGGGUGUAUUUUUUUGUGGAUAUAUUGUAUUACGAAAAUUAAUAAAAAGAUGGGUCUGGUUGGCCGGAUAUUCAACGCGUUACGUCGGUGCAAGCAUCUGGAAGACGACCACACUACCAAGCUGGAUAGAUGUCUCGGUCUGCUGGACCUGACUGCGCUGGGGGUCGGCAGUACCCUGGGUCUGGGCGUGUACGUGUUGGCUGGAGCGGUCGCUAAGACCGUGGCAGGUCCCGCCGUGUGUAUCAGUUUUCUGGUCGCUGCUGUAGCUUCGGCUUUUGCUGGUGUCUGCUACGCUGAAUUCGCAGCCAGAGUUCCGAAGGCAGGUUCAGCCUACGUGUACAGCUACGUCAGCGUGGGCGAGUUCAUCGCCUUCACCAUUGGAUGGAACCUCAUCCUGGAGUACGUGAUCGGCACGGCCAGCGUGGCCAAAGGCAUGGCGUUGUACAUAGACAGCCUCUGCAACAACUCCAUAGCCCGAACCAUGAUUGAAGUGGCUCCCAUCAAAAUUCCCUUCAUGGCAGACUAUCCUGAUUUCUUCGCGUUUUCCCUUGUCUUGCUUAUUACUGCACUCCUGGGCACUGGUGUGAAAGAGUCUACGAAGCUGAACAACGUGUUCACAGCUUUGAACCUCAUCACCGUCAUCAUCGUCGUCAUCGCUGGAGCUGUCAAGAGCAACCCAGCCAAUUGGAACAUUUCGGUUGAUGAUAUACCAGAGGAAUACAGAAGUCAGGCUGGUGCUGGUGGCUUUGCACCCUGGGGAAUGGCAGGCAUUAUGGCUGGCGCUGCCAAGUGCUUCUUCGGGUUCGUGGGCUUCGACUGUGUGGCCACCACCGGUGAAGAAGCCAAGAACCCCAAGAGAGACAUCCCCCUGUCUAUCGUCCUGUCCCUGGUCGUGAUCUUCGUGUCAUACUUCAGUAUAGCUACGGUGUUGACUAUGAUGCUGCCGUACUAUCUUCAGGACGCAGACGCUCCCUUCCCCCACGUGUUCAACGAGGCUAACUUACCAGUCAUCAAAUGGAUCGUCUCCAUCGGAGCUAUCUUUGCCCUCUGCACCAGUCUGCUCGGAGCCAUGUUCCCCCUACCCAGGGUCCUGUAUGCCAUGGGCAGUGACGGCGUGCUGUUCAGACCUCUCGCUGCCAUCAACAAGAGGACGCAGACACCAGUGUUGGCUACCAUUUUGAGUGGACUUUUGGCAGCAAUAAUGGCAGCCCUGUUCAACUUGAACCAGCUGAUCGACAUGAUGUCCAUCGGAACACUCCUGGCUUACACCAUCGUCGCUACCAGUGUGCUUAUUCUUAGAUACGAAGAAGAGUCUACUAUCCAGUUGCAUGGCACGAAGCCAGCCCCCGAGACUCCGUUCAGCGUGUUCAAGCAGCUGUUCAACUUGAUCGGGCACAAGUACCCCACACAGCUCUCCUACGUCAUCGCCAAGUGGACUAUUAUGAUAUUCUUCGUGGUGGCGCUGGCAACGUGCGCGUUGCUCCGCUGGGACCAGGCGGAGGCGGCGCUGGGCGUGCUCGGCGCCGCGCUGAUCGUGCUUCUCGUCGUGCUCUACCGCCAGCCGAGGAACAACGUCGACAACUUGUCUUUCACGGUGCCGCUGGUACCCUUAGUACCAUACCUGAGCGUGUGCAUGAACGUGUACCUCAUGGUGCAGCUGGACUACCAGACCUGGGUGCGGUUCCUCGUAUGGCUCGCUAUUGGUUACAUGAUCUACUUCUUCUACGGCAUCAGGAACAGCUCGCUCAACGUGAAGAGUGAGCCGCAGACUAACGGAGUGAUAGAAGAGAAGAGACAAGUCGUCACCACCAAGUUCUAGCAGACUGACCACACGCCAUAGCUGUGUACGUACAAUACUUAGUUCACUGUCCUUAUUUAUACGAAGCGAAGCCGGGAUGCAUUGUCAGGGGCCUUAGUCUGCUAUUACAAUUGUGUCAGAAUGGUCGAUCACUGAGCAGUGCGAGAGGGACGGAGCUAUGUAGGUUGUAUAGCUCCGUCCCUCUCGCACUGAUCAGUGAUCGACCAUUCUGACAGACUAAGGCCCCUGGUCUGCUGGUACAUUCUAAAGACAAUUUCAUGUUAUAAAAUCCUCUAAACCUCUGCCCGUUUUCACCAACCAUCCCUGUGUGAGAGAGCACCUAAACUAACCCCUUACCUCUGUAGUUGUGUCACUUAAAGGUUGAUAAUAAUCAUAAUGUCGUUAAGUGUCAUCUAUCUUAGCUUAGGAGUUCCUUAAAUGUUAAGUGACGAUGGUGGUGGAAACGGAUGGUUUUACUUUGAGCCAUAAAGAUUUUAAAAGGCCGUAAGGAGAUUGUGUAGUUUUGCCUUUAAAAUGAUUUUAUAGAUUUGUUUUCGUGAGUUUGAAAUGUUCCCGGUAUCCUGUCUGAGACAGAAUUGGAUUUAUAGUAGGUAACUUGUGUUUGUAUUAAAAUAAGUUAUUGUUUCGAGUCGUACAUCACACUAAUACACAUCAAAAUAAAUAAUAAUGUGACUUGUAAAGAACAGAAUUUUAUAAUUAUGUAGUGUUAUAUUUUGUUA